CCAACGCAAGAAACCGGGCAGAGUCGCCUCUUCUCGCAAGCCUGUCACCAAUGAGCAACAUAUAAAGCACUGUCCUCGCGGCCCACUGCACCAGUCUGGGGGCUUCCAACCACCCAGCCUGACGUCUGACCGAACCUUUACCCAGAGCCCCCCUUUCCUGCGAGUCCCAAGAUUCCUUCGCUUGCCGUACGACGGUCAUCGUUUCCCAUAAUUACCCCUGUGAAUACCGUCUAAGACCAGCAAGAAUGCGCUCCGCCGCCCUCCUCGCUGUGCUUGCUACCAUGGCUUCGGCCCAAACCACGACCGGCACGGCGGCGACCGGCCCGGCGACAACGGGCUCGACGAGCUCGUCGUCGUCGGCCAACCCGUCGCUCUCGAGCUCCAUCAGCUCGGCCCUCUCGUCCAUCGGCUCGGCCGCGUCGUCCGAGAUCAGCUCCAUCACGAGCGCGGCCGGCAGCGCCAUCUCCAGCCUGACCUCCGAGCUCGCCACGGCCACCGGCUCCGCCCGCUCCUCGCUCACCUCGGAGCUGGCCAGCCUGACCAGCUCGGUCGGCUCGGCCAUCGGCUCCGUCGGCACGUCGGCCGCGUCCGCGAGCGCCAGCGCCACCACCAACGCCGCGCCCCUGCCUACGGCGGCCGUGGCCGUCGGGGCCCUGUUCGGCGGCGCUGCUGUGCUGGCGAACCUGUGAUUUUUUUUUUUUUUUUUUUUUUUUCCGCGCCGCGAAUCUUUUCGAUGAGGUGGGUUCACCGGUCGGGUGGGUGGGGAUUCUUUUGAUGUUGAGUGACGGAUUUGUAUUAUUCAGGUCACAACACGACGUGUGCUCUA